AUGGCCGCAGCCGGGGGUCCUGCUUGGGCCUGGCGGCCCGUGGCGAGUGAUCCGCUCCUGGCACGGGCAUUCCACUCGUGCACCGUGCUGCGGGACCGGUUCUAUGUGGUCGGGGGCCUGUCGUGCGGGGGCGCGCGCGAGCCCCUCGGGGACGCGGUGACCUUUGACCCGGGGGCGGGCCAGGCCGAGCGCGCGGGCGGCCCCGGGGGGCCCCGGCGCAGCCACCACGACGCGGUGGCCCUGGACGGCCGCUGGCUCUGCGUGGUGGGCGGCUGGGACGGGUCCCGGCGCGUGGCGGCCGUGGCGGCCCUGGAUGCGGAGCUCGGGGCCUGGGAGGCGUGGUCCGCGGCCCUGGGCAGCUGUGCCCCGGCCGGGCUCAGCAGCCACACCUGCACCCGCCUGUCGGACUACGAGCUGCGCGUGGCCGGCCGCGAGGGCGGCACUCGCACCCAGCGCCGCUACGGGAGCGUCUACACCCUGCGCGUGGACCCGUCCGCGCGCACCUACAGCUACUGUGAAGAGGGCGGCCACACGGCCUCGCGCUCGGGCCACUGCGCAGCGCUGCUCCGCACCGGCGGCCCCCACCCCGGCCACCAGCUCCUGCUCUUUGGGGGCUGCAACUCCCCCGAGCCCGAAGUGGUCGGGCGCUGGGGCCCGGGGCAGAUCCAGGAGGAGCCGGUUGUUGCCUCUCGGCUGACAGAACAGGUCUCCAAGUUAGUGAGCGGUGAGCAAGGGUCUCUGGAGGGACCCCGGGGUCUUCGGCACCAUUCCUGCUCCGUGGUGGGGCCCUUUGCUGUGCUGUUUGGUGGAGAAACUCUGACCAGAGCUCGGGACACAGUCUGCAAUGAGCUCUACAUCUAUGAUUCUCGCAAAUCGACCCAUCGAUGGUUCCGAUUCCCAUGUGCAGAUCGAAGCAUGAAACGGGUAGGCCAUCGAACCUGCCUCUGGAAUGACCAGCUCUAUCUAGUUGGGGGCUUUGGUGAGGAUGGCAGGACAGCUAGUCCAGAUGUUUACACACUACAACUAUCUUUCUGAGCCAGGGAAAUCAGCUUCCUCAGUUCACGCAGACACACAAAGCAUUAUGCUACCAGACCUAUGAAGUUAUUCAUUAAAUGCUA